CCACGAAGGCGCUAGCUGGCCCCCAGUCUAAAAGAUCCAUCAGAAAUGUGCGUCCGCCGGCUUCACACAAAGUUCUGAUUGUAGGCUUUUGAUUUCAGUUGAAUUGAACAUGGCGACACAGAUUGGAACUGAAGCAGAAGAGUUUGUGGAAGGCUGGGACUUCAUACAAACACUAGGAGAAGGCGCUUAUGGUGAAGUAAAACUAGUUGUUAACAGAAUGACACAAGAGGCAGUUGCUGUGAAGAUUAUUGAUCUGUCAAAGUACCCAGCAGCUAAAAAUGAUAUCCGUAAAGAGAUAGCUGUACAUAGAUUGCUAAAGCAUAAGAACAUCAUCCAGUUUUUCGGCAACCGAGUCGAGGGUAAACUGCAUUAUAUCUUCCUGGAAUAUGCAGCUGGCGGUGAACUCUUCGACAGAAUCGAGCCAGAUAUUGGCAUGCCUCAACCUGAUGCACAGCUCUACUUUCGUCAGUUAGUAGAGGGCAUGGCCUACCUGCACAAGCUAGGUGUGACUCACAGAGAUGUAAAGCCAGAGAAUCUCUUGCUGGACACUGAUGACACUCUGAAAAUCACAGAUUUUGGCCUAGCAACAGUAUUUCGUUACCAGGGAAAAGAGCGACAGUUAAACAAGCGCUGUGGAACGCUACCUUAUGUUGCCCCGGAAGUAAUCAGUGCUAAGGAGUACAAAGCUGAACCAGCAGAUAUCUGGAGUUGCGGUGUAGUCUUGGUGGCUCUGCUUGCUGGCGAACUUCCAUGGGAUCAACCACAUUAUGACAACAAAGAGUAUUAUGACUGGAAAGAAUGUAACAUUACCUUAACACCAUGGUCCAAGAUAAACAACCUAGCUCUCUCAUUGCUAAGGAAGAUACUGCUACCUAAUGUUGAAAAGAGAGCAUCAAUAGAACAGAUACAAAAUCAUGUGUGGUUCACUAAGAAAUUCAACAAGGAUGUAUCUAAUCUAUCGUCGACUAUUGCUACUUCUAAACGGAAGUGUUCUAACUUGAAUCUAUCCCCAUCUCCGACUAAGGAAUACUCCACAGGAAUGUCUGCCUCACAGCCGCUCUGGCAUGGCUCAGCAGGUGCAGACAUAGACCACAAGCCUGUGUUGGAGGGUCUCCUGCAUGGUGCCUGUUUCUCUCAGCCAGUGCACAAAGCUGAUGAUAUCCUCAUCAGUACUCAGAUGCAUGGCACCCAAGGCAACUCACAGACAUUAUUACAAAAACUCGUGAAGAGAAUGACACGAUUCAUAGUCACAACCGCUGCAGAUGAGACGAUAGAUAGACUAACCACUGUGCUGAAGGACAUGCCUGGCUACAGUUACAAACACAAUUCAUUAGGAGAGGUCACUAUAACAACAAGAGAUCGUAGGAAUGUGCCCUUGGUUUUCAAGGCUCAUCUGCUUGAUAUGAACUCAAACAUUUUGUUGGACUUCCGACUAUCAAAAGGAGACGGAAUUGAAUUCAAGAGACAUUUCUUGAAAAUCAAGCGGAAACUGACUGCAAUUGUUAAUGUGAAGGCUCCCAUCACCUGGCCCUCACCAGCUGUCAGUAGUCCUAUGCUAUCUACGACAUAGAAUUGUAGAGAAUCGAAGCUAAAUCAAUAGCAGUCUCAAUAGAGAGCCUUUAUAUGCAGUGUAUGAACAUAGUUUAUAUGCAAUUAGCAUUACAAUAUAUGCAAAAUAUGUAUAAUAUUAGGAAAUAUUUAAUUGUCCAUAUAUUGUAAUGUUUGAGGUAUGUAAUGCAAUGCACUUAGGACAUUGAGCCAAUAUGGAACACAAUGUGCUAGAACAGUGUUUCUCAAACUGGGGUGGGGCGACCCUCUGGUGGGUUUUGAAGGGGGUCACAAGAUGUCCAUGCUGAACCUAGUUUUUUGGUUCCUAAGGACAGUGAGGUUGUCAUCUUGGCUAGCUGUACACAGGUCGAAUUUUGAUAAAUAUAUUGUCAAAAUAUUGUCCACCUGUCCAGAGUUGUAGAGUGUAAAUUGUGCAGUUCGGGGUUAUUGGGUUGAAUGAAUAGGUCUAUAAAAUAUUAAUUUCUGAAGUGAAAAACGCUGCACACAAAACGAAAUUUUGCAUGUGAUUAGCAUUUCUACUGCGUCAACGGAAAAGUUUAACAGCAUACACGUAGUGCUAAAUGCAUUAUGCGUAUUCCUAUAAUACUCCAGUCAGGUGUAUCCACACAAGGAUUCAUUGUUCAUUUGUAUAAUAAUUGGUAUAAAUAUAUAUCAGCUGUAAAAGUAAUUGAACUAAGA